AUGCCAAUGCGUUGGGAGGAGGAACUAGAACUUCUAUUGCGAGAGUGUGCAUAUACAGAGCACACCGAUCCGGGGCCCAGUGGAAAUGAACCUCAUAGGGAUGACGAAAAUGAACAUAUACAUCAUGGCAGUAAGGGGUAUAGAAAGAUGUUAGAAGAUGUAGAGAAAGAGCUCAUACCAGGGUGCAAGAAGAUGAGUAGACUCUCGUUUAUCGCACGGCUUUUGCACUUGAAGGUUUUGUGCCACUGGUCUAAUAAUUCUAUUGAUUUGCUGUUAGAGCUGUUACGGGAUGCACUUCCAGACGAUGUUGUCCUUCCGCAGAACUUCUAUGAGGCUAAUAAGCUGACCAAGGACUUGGGGUUCACAUGCAAGACUAUCCAUGCGUGCAUCAACAAUUGCAUGUUGUUUACCGGGGAAGAUGUUGACCGUGAGGUUUGUGUUGUGUGUGGGGAAAAGCGAUUUACACAGGGUAAAGAUAGAUCUCCAGUGAAGAAGUUAAGGUACUUUCCAUUAAUUCCGCGAUUGCAGCGAUGGUACGUAUCUUCCAAAAUUGCAUCUUCUAUGAGAUGGCAUGCCGAAGGGCGUGUAGACGAUGGCAAGAUGCGUCAUCCAGCAGAUAGUCCUGCGUGGAAGAGUUUCGAUCAUCGGUACCCGACGUUCUCUGAGGAGAUUCGCAACGUACGCCUCGGUCUGGCCACUGACGGUUUCAACCCUUUUGGGAAUAUGAGUGUGAGUUAUAGUAUUUGGCCCGUCGUACUUGUGAUAUAUAACCUACCUCCGUGGCUGUGCAUGAAGCAACCAUCGUUCAUCCUCUCUACGAUUAUAGACGGCCCGCAUGGCCCGGGGGAUCAGAUUGAUGUCUUCCUUCAACCUUUGAUCGAUGAGCUUAAGGAGCUUUGGUAUGAUGGUGUUCGGACGUACGAUGCGAGUACUAAGGAGGAUUUCCAGAUGCGAGCUGCAUUGCUGUGGACUAUUAGUGAUUUUCCCGGUUACGGUAUGUUGUCAGGGUGGCCGACUCGUGGGGCGAAUGCAUGCCCUGUUUGUGGUUUAAAAACUCAUUCCAGAUACCUGAAAAAUGGACAUAAGUAUAGCUAUUGCGGGCAUCGACGGUUCCUGCCGGCUGGGCAUAGAAUGCGCUUUGAUAAACAUGCAUUUGACGGUUCGAUGAGCUUUGACGGAAAGCCUUCUCGCUUGACCGGCGCUGAACUUCUGCAGCAGCUUCAGGAUAUGCCUACUGAGUAUCGUACGGUUGACUUGAUUGAGAAACGCAUUGCACAGGGGUCUCGCAAGCGUCGCCGGGGGGUGGACGGGCAGCAACAGGUGUGGAAAAAAAAGAGCAUAUUCUUUCAGCUCCCUUAUUGGUCUGAGAAUGAGGUACGUCACAACCUCGACUUGAUGCACAUUGAAAAGAAUGUGUGUGAGAAUGUACUGUAUACAUUGUUGGGAACUAAGGGGAAAACAAAGGACAAUCUGAACACGAGGAAAGACUUACAGUUGAUGCAAAUACGACCUCCGACCACCUCAUGGGUUCAGUUCAAACUUAUCGCGUCGUGUGAAGGUAGAACAACAACUAAUAUGGGGACUUAA